UAUAGCGUUACAUCCCUAAAUCGAAUUGGUUAUGUUGUGGUUAUGUUAUUUUAUCGUGGAAUGGAAAAGAUUAUGAGCAAUUAAUAUCACUUUAUUUAUCUUUAUAAAGCUAAUAGUUACAACAAUAAUGCCUCUUGAUGUACAAGGCACAUUCGUCUCUCAAAAAAUAAACAAAGUAAAAUGGAUUCCAGAAGAAUAUGUGGAAACAAAUUGCUUUUUGACCGGCAGUUGGGAUGAUGAUGUGAAUUCAAUCAAAGUUUGGACUUUAGAGCGUAUUCACGAAGAAGAAGAAGACAUUGAAUACCCUCGGCCUCUAUCCGAAUACACCGUAGACGGUGAUGUGACUCAAAUUAAAUUAAUUGAUAAUAACAAGAUAGCAGUUUCGACAUCAAACGGGGAUGUUAGGUUACUUGAAAUAAGUGCAUAUGAUAAGAAAUCGCCCUUACGAGAAAUACAUGUUUGGGAAAAGUUACAUUCUUUUGGGUCAGACCAGUGUUCCUGUACAUCUUUAGACAAUCUUGAUGGUGACAUUGCAACAAUAGGUGAAGACGGAAAUUUCAAUAUCCUAAAUAGUAGACGUGGAGAAAUCACUCGUACAAUAAAUGGGGCUGAUAGCUGCUCAUUACAUUCAGUUUGCUUCAUCAAACAUAAUGAGGUCAUAACAGGUAAUUUUAGGGGCCACAUGAAGAUUUGGGACUUAAGAUCUGAUACCAACAAACCAGCAGCAUCCUUUCUUUUAGCUGGUGAUGAAAUGGCAGCGACUUGUAUCUUGAACCAUCCUACUCAACCACACAUCAUUCUAGCGGGCAGCGAGUCAGGAUCAUUAGCAGUUUGGGAUUUACGUAUAAACUCUUUUCCUACAUCUCUACUUAAUGCACAUUCUGCCGGUGUGACCGAGAUGCAGUUUCAUCCUGAAAACCCACAGAAACUACUGACAUGUUCGGUGUCUGGUGAGAUAUGGGACUGGAAUAUGGAAGCAAUGACGAAGAGUACAAAAGGCCCAGAUAAUCAGGUAACAACAUGGCUACCGCUUGAAGAUAAAAAUGCCAUGAUGGUAAAUUCACUUAUGCCAGCUUUACAUAAAUCGAUCAACACACUUCAUUGUGAUAAAGGAAAAAUUAUUUGCGGAGCAGAUAAUGAAGCCAUAUAUCUCAUUAAAAAUUUUAAGUAUUGAUAAUUUUAAGUGUCGUUUAUCGAAUUAAGAAAACAUUUUUUUAAAUAAUAUACAUUUUAUUUAAUAAUUGAAGUAAAUAUCCUUAUGAAAUAUCAUUACAAUUUAUUAAUUAAUAAUACACCAAGUCAGUCUUUGCUUGCCUAGUCAAAGUAUUGGUAAAAUAUUUUACAAAAAAUGAUUACAAUUAUUAAAAAUGUUAUUUACAUUAAAUAUAAAGAUUGUGGAAUUCUGAUUUUGAAGGCUUAAAAUUUUAAAAUAUCAUUGCAACAUAAGGCACCAAUUCAUACUACAACCGUUACAUUGCCAAACUGGUAACUUUUGUAGACAUUAUUUACCAAACAGUUAAAUGGCACCAUCCUUUUUUAAACACAAUUAGAAUAUUCAUUCUAAAAUUUACCAACCAAUUUCAUUUUAAUCUCAACUGUCCUCGUAAAAUAUAUUGAAUAUGACUAUAAUAUGAAAUAUGAUGAAUAUUUGGCAUCUCGUUCACAUUUUGUAUACCACACUAAAUGCGUUAACUACAAGAUUAACACGGAGUAUAUGUAUAUUUUUAUCAUUAAAUAAUAUUUAUCAUAUCACGCAAUCGCUGAAUUGUUUAAAAUUGUUAAUGCACAAGUAUAUAUAAAUAUCACUACUUCACACGGAACUUCAGUUGGUCCUUCGAGUCUUCGAUAAAGUCUUGGCAGUGUAUACUAACAUUGCCACUCUUGGUGACAUUUAGGACGUUUUAUAUUGCCAUAAAAAUUCAAACAGACCAAAGCAUAAAUACUAAAUAGAAAUUUAAGACUUUCACGUUUCAUUUACUCAAACGAAGCCACCUUAUCGAAACUUUCUCUGUCGAUUACUUUUUCAGUCCACAACUUGGUCCCGGUGAGAAGAAAAAGCAUUUUCUUUCUAAUCUAGUGCUUUUCUUGAUAAUAGAGCGCUGCGUUUUUUCUAGUGCCUUAAGCACUUAUUCACUGAAUAGAUGGCAGCACUCUCGCUGUAUGCAGUACUCGUUCAGCCGUCGUUGCGUUCAGACGUGCGGGCGGCGGUGCGGCGGCGGCUUGCGUUGCGCCGCGGCGUAAAGCGAAGCGGGAACUAUCCACAGCUGUUCACACCACCGCAUCAACGCCUCCGUCACGUGACAACUGUUGGCUGCCGUCGCCAGUUGAGUCUCCAGACUGUCCGAUGCCUUUAUCAGCAUGCUGAGGGAAAAAGCAAUAUAAAUAUGUUAUUAGAAAGCGUAUUUCGAAUACUAACGCUGAGAUUUACCUU